CCGUGGACUUUGCUCCGCAUGGAGCGGCAGAGCGGCAGAGCAGCAGCUGGUUGACCGUCAGCUGGUCACCAGUCAGCCCAGGGAGAGAGCGGCAUGUCUGCGGUCCGAGCAGCCAAGCAGGCCCUGAGGAAGGAGCUGAAGCGGCGGCUCGCGGUGCUCAGCGCCCUCGACAAGCAGCGACAGUCGCAGCUCGUCACGCAGCAGCUGCUCACAAACCCUCGGUACGUGUCGUCCCAGCGGGUUGCCAUCUUCCUCAGCAUGGAUGACGAGGUGUGCACGGAGGAAAUCAUCAGAGACAUGUUCAGAAGAGGGAAGAGCUGCUUCAUCCCCAGAUAUUACCGGGGCAGCUCCCACAUGGACAUGUUGAAGCUCAGUGGUCUGCAGGACAUGGAGACGCUGCCGCUGACGUCCUGGAACAUCCGACAGCCUGCUGACGAUGACCAGGGCCGGGAGGAGGCCCUUAGCGGAGGAGGUCUGGACCUGAUGCUGAUGCCGGGCCUGGGCUUUGACCGGUCGGGGAAGCGUCUGGGACGAGGGAGGGGUUUCUACGACACCUACCUGGAGCGCUGCAGCAAACUCCCCCGAGGGAAACCCUACACCAUCGGCCUGGCCUUCAGGGAGCAGAUCUGCCAGGAAAUCCCCGUCGACGAUAACGACAUGCUCAUCGACGAGGUCUUGUACGAGGAGCCUCGAUAGAUUCACCGGUCUGCCCUGUAAAUCCUCCUUCAGAUCGGAGUUCGUUGCCUCAGGAAUAAUUUCCCUCACCAAAGCUAACUGACAUUUAAUCCAGAGCAUUCCUACUGCGUAUAGUAAUUUCUGACCAGUCCAGACUGGUUUCCAGUCAUACUUGAUGAUUGCUUCUUGGUGUAGAUGUCAAAUGGAAAGUUAAGAUGGUCUUCAUACUUUUUUAGAAAAUGACUGAAAAUGUACAAUCAUUUAAAUAAAAGCUUGAAAUAUA